GAAGAUUGUACUAUAAAUAUUUCAUGAAUUUGCACUGUUGGGAUAUAUCACUGCUAGGAGUCUUAUACCGAGUGUCAGCAUUCCGCAUACGAGUAGGCAGAUGGGUCCCCUGUACUUCUUGUCUUUGCUGAAGGUGAUGCUGUUCGGAUUUCGAGUAAGCGGUGGCAGUCAAAUUAAUUUUGUAUACGACGAGUUGCAGACGAUUGGCGAAGAUGGGAAACAGUCACAGGGUCCAAAUGCUGUCAUUGCCAUGAUUAAUUGGGCGCUGAAACAGCACUGUCCAUUGGCAUCGUCCUUCUCAAUUCAUGCCGACAACUGUCCAGGCCAGAACAAAAACCGGUUUGUGCUGGGUUACUUUAUGUGGCGGGUUUUGACGGGCCAAAACAAGACCAUUGAAUACCUGAUGCAGACACCAGGUCAUGCACGCAGCCAUGUAGACAGUGGGUUUGCUGCAAUCAAGAAUGACUGAUGUGGAAACCCUGGCAGAGAUGGCAGAUGUUGUCGAGCAGUCUUCAGUUACCAACACUGCCAUAACUUAUCCGCUCUGGCCAUGGAGUGACUGGAAAUUCUUUAUUGAACCCCGCUUAAAAGCAGUUCAAGGCAUUCGUUGCAGGAAAUUUCAGUACUUCCGGUUUGAUAGUGAUGCGCCUGGGAUCGUUUUCUUUCGAGAGCGACGGGAUACCGAAGAGAUCAGUGUAAAACUGAUUAACAACAAUGCGGUCGACUUUGCGCACAAUGAGCGACCGUCCGUUCUUUCACCAGCCGGACUAUCUGAGAGCAGGCGAAGGUACCUGACCAUAAGUCCGUGAUUAAGUACAUCCCUGAAUCAAAGCGGACUGUGAUUAUUUGAAACUCAGACUGAUAUAUUUUAAACACUGAUGUGCGACGUAAAUUGUAUGUUUUUCUGUAAAUGGGAAGAAUAAAAAUAAAAAUGAA